GGAUUGUUCCAUAGGAGAACAUGCCGCCCCCCAUGGAACAAUCCAUAGGUGUUGUUUGAGCCCUCUGCUGACUGAUCGCACCAGUGAGCCACAGGUGGGAUCGAUCAGUCAUUCGUUGCGGAAAUCAGCUUCGUGUUGUGCUUCUGCGACAGUGUGGUUACAGUAACCGCCUGCAGCUGAUCGCAGCUCAUAUGUCAUGGCAACUAGUUUUCUGCAGCUCUCUGUGCGCUGCACCGUGAACACCGUGUUCAGUAUCCACCUUGUCGAUCCCUGCGAAACACGCCGUUCUCCGCCAUGCACAGACUGAGGAGGUGACUUCAGGAGAGGAAGGUGAUUUUGUCUGGCUGAAGGCUCUCAAUCAAACCGCACGACUUUACCUCAAGCCUGCUUUCUGGGAUAAAUAAGAAGUUAGAGACGUGGUGGAGGGGAAAGCGUGAAGCUCCGAGUUCGGUGCGCGUGAGAACAGCCACGGUAAAUCAUCAGAAGGUCACAGUCCAGGCAACAUCCAGUGGGAAUCUGCCAUGAGCAAAAUGGACACCACAGCCACCAGCAGCUGGACUCUAGAAAACAAUGCCGUCUCCUCUGCAGCCAAGAACUCCUGCCACCCCAAUCUGAAGAUGUUCCUUGCUGCCUUGUCCUUUGCCUACUUUGCCAAGGCUUUGUCUGGCAGCUACAUGAAGAGCACAAUUACACAGCUAGAAAGACGAUUUGACAUCCCCAGCUCUCUGAUCGGCAUCAUAGAUGGGAGCUUUGAAAUGGGGAAUUUGCUGGUAAUUGCCUUUGUGAGUUAUUUUGGCGCCAAGCUCCACCGACCCAAGAUCAUAGCAAUCGGCUGUAUCUUGAUGUCUUUUGGGACCUUCUUGAUUGCCAUGCCUCAUUUCAUCAUUGGCCGCUAUAAGAUCGAAACAUCCAUUAGAUCUUCAGUGAAUUCAACCAAUAGCCUCUCUCCAUGUCCGGCAAGCUCACCUGAAUCCUCCAGAGCAGGUGACAGACCCUCUAUACUGCCCUCCAGAGCUGCAGGCUGUGAGCGAGAGUCCAGUGUGUCGAUGUGGAUCUACGUGUUGCUGGGGAACAUCCUGCGUGGGAUUGGAGAGACUCCAGUGCAGCCGCUGGGAAUCUCCUACAUAGAUGACUACGCCCAGACUGAGAACGCUGCUCUCUAUAUUGGUUGUGUCCAAACCAUAUCAGUUAUUGGUCCUGUGUUCGGGUACCUGCUGGGAUCACUGUGUGCCAAAAUCUACGUUGAUGUUGGCUAUGUGGACAUGGAGACUAUCACCAUUACCCCUGGUGAUGCCCGCUGGGUGGGGGCCUGGUGGCUCGGCUACCUCAUCGCUGGUGCCAUCACCCUCAUGUCUGCUGUUCCGUUCUGGUUCCUGCCUAAAUCACUGCCGAUGCCUGUAGAGAAACAUGAUAGCAACUGCACACCAGAGCAAACCAGGUUUAUCAAAGAUUCCCCAACCAUGGAGCACAAGUUCAGACCGGAGGAGCCGCCUAAUUUACAUCUGAUGGCUAAUGAAUUUGUGCCCACACUGAAGAGCCUCCUCGGAAAUCCCGUGUACGUCAUCUACCUGUGUGUGACCAUCAUCCAGUUCAACUCUCUCAUCGGUAUGGUCACCUACAAACCCAAAUACAUCGAGCAACACUACGGCCAGUCGGCAUCAAAAGCCAAUUUUCUCAUGGGCAUGAUCAACAUCCCGGCUGUGGCUGUUGGGAUUUUUUCUGGAGGAGUUGUCAUGAAGAAGUACAAGCUGGGUAUCAUGGGAGCAGCUAAAUUUGCUUUCGGGACCUCCCUGGUGGGCUACCUCUUGUCACUCCUUUUCUUCGCCUUGGGCUGUGAGAACUCCAAAGUGGCAGGCAUCACAGUGUCGUACACCGGAGUGGAAGGCUUGUCUCAUCAGGAACUGUCUCUCUUCUCUGACUGUAACUCGGGUUGCUUGUGCUCAAGGAGAGAGUGGGAUCCGGUCUGUGGAGAGAAUGGGAUUACCUAUGUGUCCCCAUGCUUAGCUGGUUGCACCUCCUCCUCCGGCUCUGGCAGGAGCACGGUGUUGGAUAAUUGCAGGUGCGUAGCGAUGGCUAAUCCCCAACCGGGGAACUUGACGGCCACUCUGGGCCAGUGUCCACGCAGGGACAGCUGUGACAAAAUCUUUCCGUACUUCAUGGCUCUGUCGGUCCUCAGCUCCUUCAUCAUCUCUCUUGGGGGAACACCCGGCUUCAUGCUGCUUGUCAGGUGCAUUAAGCCUGAACUGAAAUCCCUGGCUGUUGGAAUCCACACACUGGCCACUCGUACGCUUGCUGGAAUUCCUGCCCCCAUAUACUUUGGAGCCAUAAUUGAUACAACCUGCCUCAAAUGGGGAUACAAGACGUGUGGAGGAAGAGGAGCUUGCAGAAUAUAUAACACCUCAGCGUACAGGAUAGUGUACCUGGGCCUGACACUGGGCUUGAGGACCGUCUCUUUCUUCCUUUGUAUUUUGGGUUUUGCUCUACUUAGAAGACAGAUUAAGAAGGAGGAGAAAAAUGCACUGACCAAUGGAAAUGCUGAGCUGGAGUCACUGAGGAAAGAGGAGAGCAACUCGUUACACUGUGAGCAGCUAAUACUGGCCCUGGACUGCAACCCUGACAGAGAGACUCGCUUGUGAGCGCAUCCUCUGACUCAGCUAGCAAAGCACCUCACAUGUACUGAGCAACGCACACUGUGGACAUUUUUCUUAGCACACAGAGUAUAUAUUUGUACAGGAUUUGUGUAGAUGUGCAAUAUCUGAGAUGGGUAAUUUUAUAAACAAGGUAUGCUGUUGCCGGACGGCAUACAUUUUGGUGUUUUUCGUCAAUGGAAGACUUUUGUAGAAAACAAGAAUGUAAUUGUGCUGUAUUUUCUGUGUUCUUCGUUUUUAUGAUUAAACCUGAUAAAAUCAAA